GGAGUUAACUCCCGUGUACCAUGCCGGAAUAGAAUCGUCGCUGUCCUGCGCCAGUACAGUGAAUUCACAUCAUAUUACUUCUCCAUGCACUGAUGACAUGCAUUCCAUUCCAUGAAAAACUGAGAGGCCCUCCAAAAGAUGAAUUCAUUCAAUGCACGCGGUUUUGCAGAUCAGAGAGAGAGAGAGGGAGAAAGGCAGGGAGAGGCCUUUCGCUUCACCAGGCUGACUUUGGACUCUGGAGAGCCCUAGAGGAGUAAAUGCACCUUGCUGUCUUCUUUUGACUCGGUGACCUCCAUCCCAGCCCUCCUCCCUCUUUAUACCACUUUUGGGCAGCGGCCAGUUGCCGCCGAGCACAACCUCUUAUUGAGUGUAUAUAUAUGAGAAGCAACUUCUGCCUUGGAACCUUGUCUUUGCUUUCUUCCAAGAGAAAAGGAAAAUAGGGGGAAGAAGAGAAGAAAACGGAAGAAAAGAGGUCCCGUAUAUCUAUCUCGAGUCGUUUUUAGAUAGAAGGAAGAGAAAGGCGAGUAGAGGGUAUACAUGGGGAGACCUCCUUGUUGUGAUAAGGUUGGUGUGAAGAAAGGCCCUUGGACUCCAGAAGAGGACCUCAUCCUAGUCUCCUACAUCCAAGAGCAUGGUCCCGGGAACUGGAAGGCUGUGCCUACAAAUACUGGGCUGAUGAGAUGCAGCAAGAGCUGUAGACUAAGAUGGACUAAUUACCUCCGGCCAGGGAUCAAGCGAGGCAAUUUCACAGAACAAGAGGAGAAGCUCAUGAUCCAUCUCCAAGCUCUUCUUGGCAAUCGAUGGGCAGCCAUAGCUUCUUAUCUCCCAGAGAGAACAGAUAAUGACAUCAAGAACUACUGGAACACCCAUCUGAAGAAGAAACUAAAGAAGCUCCAAGCUGGCAACGAUAGCUCGAUGAGUGGCGGGCUUUCGAGUCGUCAAUCUAUCUCCAAAGGCCAGUGGGAGAGGAGGCUCCAAACUGACAUCCAUAUGGCAAAGCAAGCUUUAAGAGAGGCAUUGUCUUUAGGCAAGACCAGUUGCCCAACUGAACUGAAGCCCUCAAAUGGCAGCUGCUCUCUUACAAGACCAACCCAGCCAGCAACACCAUCAUCAACCACAACCUACGCAUCAAGUACUGAAAACAUAUCUCGAUUGCUCGAAGGGUGGAUGAAGAAUCCACCCAAGCCAAGAGCUGCUCGCGCCAAUUCAGAGUCCCCUACACAACAUUCGAUCAACAAGGCGGCCGAGACCGACUCAUCCUCGCUGCUCAAUCUCGAGUCCUCGACACCGGAUAUGUCUGAAACAAGCCUCUUCCAAUGCGAGAGCAAGCCGAGCUCAGAAGCCCAAGUCCCGCUUUCCUUGCUCGAGACCUGGCUCUUGGAUGAAGGUUUUGGUCAAGGGGAGGUAGAACUACUUGACAUGCUGUUAGGUGAUACUCCUGAGCUGAUCUGAAGUAAGUGCUUCUGGACGGACUGGGUUUUUGGUUCCUUUUUGUGCAGGCCUUGGACUGAAUUUGAUUAGAAAGACCCCUCAAUGCAGAUGAAGUUUAAAUUCUAAAUAUCCACAUAGGCAAUGGUAUAUAGGUUAAUUCAGUGGAGUUCCAGAAUAACUUUUCAUCUAUGGGGGCCUUUUGUGAAAUCUUAUCUCUCCUUUGUAUGGGCUUCUGUAUCUGGGGUGGUGUCUCAUAGAUUAGAUUGUCAGGAUUUUUCAAUCUUAUUCAGUUUCUGAAUUGUAAUCAAGAGAUGUGUGUAAUGGAUGGACUGUUAUAGCCAUAAAAUAUGGUUAGUUGUUAAA